GAGGCACGACACUGCUGGAUAAUUAAUGUGAAUAUUUCGGAGAGGAUUUAAUUAGAGAAGAAUUUCAAAGCAGAAGAAAGAAGAAAUUCUACAAAAAAGUAAUUUUUGGAUAUUCAUGUAAAAAAAACUCGAUGGCUUUACAGGACUUGUGUAAUUUCCAGGACGUCUUUCAGGACAGUCUAACCACAGAACGCUCUUCAGUGGCAUUUGGAAUGAAGACUGACUAUAUGAGCAAUUUCUGCUUCAGAAACAGCACAACCUCAUUUAAUUUUUAUAUCCCAGUGGCGGGGUACCUGGACGAAAGUCCAAUAAAGUUUGGGCAAAUCAGCGCCGCCCAGAGAUCGAGUGCCAUCUUAUCUCAAGACUCCUUCUUGGCAUCCCCCUCGUUGCCAGCUAGCCUCCCUGUUGCCUCCUCUCGGCCCGUGCCUCUGCCAUUUCCCAUGUCUCACGGCACCACCACCUUGGCUUUCGUCUUCCAGGGUGGAGCUAUGGCUGCGGCAGACACUCGUUCCAGUUGCUCCGGGCUCGUGGCUUGCCCAGCCUCCCACAAGGUCCUGCCCAUUCACAGUCACUUAGUGGGCACCACGUCGGGUACUUCUGCCGACUGCGCGCUUUGGAAGAGGAUUCUGGCUCGAGAACUUCGACUCUACCAACUUCGCCACGGACAGCGGUUGUCCACGUACGGUGCUGCCAAAUUGCUUUCACACAUGCUUCACCCGUUUAAGGGGACUGAGCUGUGCGUGGCUGCUACGUUGUGUGGGUGGGAUGGAGGAGAAGUGGAUGAUGGAUGCCAUGGACGCGGAGGUACAGAGAAUCUAAGUGAUCAAACAGCGACGAGUCAAACGACUGAAGUGGAAAAGCUUGCAGAUGUCACAGAAGAAAAGGUCUCUCUGUUAAAGACUCGGAGCUCUUCUUCCUCUCAGCAGCACCUUUCCACAAAGAAAACAAGUGUCUCUGGACCCAGGGUGGUUUACGUGUACAGCGACGGUACUCGCCUGCAAGGAACACUCUUCUCCGUGGGCUCAGGAUCCCCCUACGCCUACUCCAUUUUGGACCAAGGGGUUCGGUGGGGGCUGACAGUGGACGAGGCCACAUCAAUAGCUCGAGAGGCUGUGUACAGAGCUACACACAGGGACGCGUACUCGGGGAACUGUGUAGACAUCUAUCACAUCACCUCAAAAGGAUGGACUUGCAGGAAGAGGGAGGAUUUGAAAGAGGAAUAUUACAGAGAAAAAGAAAGGCAACGACAUGAGGGAAGGCAGAGACAGGACGUGACUUCGUCUGAGUAAAGACAUGAAACAAACAAAAUUGGCAUGAGGAAAGAAAGGCAAACAUCGGCGGCUAUCUUGCAGGCACGUGACGACAGAAGAUACUAAAUUAACAAAGGGGACGGGCAGUUGUAACCUCGGGGCUAUCUCUCAAAUGAUUUGAGCAUGCAUAUCGUUCCCUCUAAUAAACAGCUGAUGUUUUGUUUGCACUGAGGAUAAAAUGUGUUCUGAGAGUGCCCUGCUGCUGGCUGGCAUUUUGAUUUAUACAUUAAAACAUUAUAAAUCACUGCAACUACGUGAGAUAAUUACUGCCUACUUCUGAAUCGCAUAAACGGGGAGAAGCAGAAAAUGACAAGUCAAAAAAUCUAAACGUCUGGCAGCUGAAGGUUAUAAUGUAUCGCUGUGAGCGAGGGGAAUCCAUUUAGCUGUUAAUAGUGAGGGGCUAAAAAUUGAGUUGUGUACGCUGUCAAAAUACUUUUGAAGUUUCUUUGACACUUCCAAUAAAUUAAUGAAUAAAU